CACCUCCAUCGCACUCCGGCGCCGCUCCCUUGCCGCCCGCCAGUCGGCGCGCCCUGCCGCGCGGCAUCCGCACCAACCAUGGCGCAGCCGUAUGCGCACCCCGCGCAGCCCGGCAUCCUCUUCCGCGACCCCGCCUUCCUGGCGCAGGUGCCGCUCUCGCCCACGACGGUGUCGCAGUACUUCUCCCUCAGUCCCUUCUUCGCGCGCAGCAGCACAAACGAGCAGCUGCGCAUGCAGUCGCUCGCCGAGCCCGACGGCGGCGCGCGCCGCGAGCCGCGCGAGCUCGAGGAGGCGCUGCGCCGCUUCCGCGGCACCGAGUUCGUCGUCGCACACGCGGCGCCGCAGCCGCCGCCCGGCCUCGGCCUCUACGUCAUCCACCAGCGCGAGCGCUGGGGCCCGGCGCGCGAGCAGACGCGCCUCGUCGACGCCUUCUUCUGCCUCGACGGCAACAUCGCCCGCGCGCCAGACCUCUACGCCGUCGUCGGCAACCGCGUGCUCGCCGCCGUCACGGCCAUCCAGUCGUCGCUUUCGCUUGCGCACGACGCGCUGCCGCCGUUUGAUCCUCGUGCUGGCUUUGGCUGGCGGAUAGCGGCGCUGGAGGACGAGGAUGAGGCAGACUCCGAGGACGAGGCUACGGCGGAUCUGGGUUCAGGAGCAGACGCCGGCGCGCCCGAGCGGAUAGCGCAGCCGGCACCGGCGAAGCGGCGGAGAGCACAAGGCACCGCAGCCAGCAACGGCACAGCGUAGGGUAGCAACGUGUGACGAUGGAGCAGUGGUGGUACAAUAAGUGAGAG